UCUGUCCGUCCAUGGCUUAAACCCUAGCCAUCUCCUCCCCCGUCUCUCUCUCUCUCUCUCUCUCUCUCUCUCACUAGUCACUGCGACGCCUCUCCGUCGGAGGAACGUCCAUUGCAGUCCUCAAGAGGUUGCAGUUGGGAAGCUGUGGCUGGUUUGAAGAGCAUGUCGAAUCCAAAGGUUUUCUUCGACAUAUUGAUCGGUAAGAUGAAAGCGGGCAGGGUUGUGAUGGAGCUGUUUGCCGACGUCACGCCCAAAACAGCUGAAAAUUUCCGCGCUCUGUGCACCGGGGAGAAGGGGAUUGGUAGAUCCGGGAAACCGCUGCAUUACAAGGGAUCGGCCUUUCACCGUAUAAUCCCCAACUUCAUGUGUCAAGGCGGGGAUUUCACUAGGGGCAACGGAACUGGAGGGGAGUCUAUAUAUGGAACGAAAUUUGCCGAUGAGAACUUCAAAAUAAAACACACGGGUCCAGGAGUGCUGUCGAUGGCCAAUGCAGGACCCGACACCAACGGCUCUCAGUUCUUUAUAUGCACCGCGAAGACCGCAUGGCUGGAUGGGAAGCAUGUUGUGUUCGGGAAGGUUGUGGACGGGUAUAACGUGGUUAAGGAGAUGGAGAGUGUGGGUUCUGAUAGCGGAACCACACGGGAGACGGUUGUAAUCGAAGACUGCGGUCAGCUACCCGAGAAAAUUGAUGGCUAGCACCACCAUCUAGAAGGUUAAAUUUGAAAUGCUCGUCUAGACUGCUUAUAUC